UUCUUCUACUGCGCCUGGGUGUUUUCCUUUUCCGUUUCCGGGUCCUUGAAGGGUUGCUAGGCAACCACCCCUGGGUUACUUUGGAUUGGGGUCCCUGGGGUGUUUCUAACAGAAGAAAGGAGCCCCCGGUGUCCUGACUCUGGAAAAGGGGUCGGGUUGCCGGCAGUCCUGAAGUUGAAGAGAAGGAGGCGACCUGUACCAGUCAAGACUGACAGUGAGGGUUUAACUAGAUUAUUUCAAGAUGAGCUUCCUAUUGCCCAAGCUGACCAGCAAAAAAGAAGUCGACCAGGCAAUAAAGAGCACUGCAGAGAAGGUCUUGGUUCUCAGGUUUGGGAGAGACGAGGAUCCUGUCUGUCUGCAACUAGAUGAUAUUCUUUCUAAGACCUCUUCUGAUUUGAGUAAAAUGGCUGCUAUAUAUCUGGUAGAUGUGGACCAAACUCCAGUUUAUACACACUAUUUUGACAUCAGUUAUAUUCCAUCUACUGUGUUUUUCUUCAAUGGGCAGCAUAUGAAAGUGGAUUAUGGGUCUCCAGAUCACACUAAGUUUGUGGGAAGUUUCAAAACCAAACAAGACUUCAUAGAUUUGAUUGAAGUAAUUUAUCGAGGAGCAAUGAGGGGAAAACUUAUUGUCCAAAGUCCUAUUGAUCCCAAGAAUAUUCCCAAAUAUGACCUUCUCUAUCAAGACAUCUAGCGCAUGAACUACUGUCAAAGCUGAAGACAAAGGCACAUCUCAAAACAGUAUCUGAAUUCUUCUGUGCUGUUUUUCUGGAGUCCUUCAGAAACAUGUUCAGUGUUCCAGUGGAGGAAAAGUUUGACUUGUAUAGAAAAUACUGUCCCCAAGUGGAAGACCCCAAUCAGACUGUGAUGAUCUGGGAAGCUUGAGUUGGUCCUGCAAACCUCAGAGCAGCCAAGUCAGCCAUGAUCAAUUUCCCACAUGAUUUGUUUGACUUUUCUUUAUACUGUACCUUUCUUUAUCCCUUAACAUGAUACAGAAUUUCCUUAAAUAUUGGCUAAUCCUAAUUGACUUAUAUCUGUGUUUAUUUGACACAAAAGUAAAAUGGAAAGAGCAAAAAUACUUAUUUUCUACUCUAUAUGUAAACACACACCUCUCUCUCACCCUUAACCUUGCUCGUUCCUCCACUCACACAUUUAUGUUCUUCAUGAUUAUCCCAGUUUCUCUUGAAAUUAAUAAUUAUCUACUGAUAGCAGGCAAGUUCGUCUUAUUUUGGAAUCUUUCUGUCUCACACUGUGAAAAUAGUGUCCUGGUUUGUAAAUUUACUAGCUUUUGUGCUAUUAAAUUUCCCAGAAAGUGAGACUUGAACCUUUACCAUUUAGCACCCAGGCUAAGCUAAACACAGAAUGAACUACCCUUAGUAAGUAAGAACAGUACUUCCAGAAGUCAGAGUUCCACCUCUUCCUGAAACAGAAAACUGCUUCAAGAGCUCAUGACUAGAAAGAGAUCAUCAGAAUUGUUAGAAAGAAUAGGGGCUGCUUUUCCCACUUGAAAGAAACCUACCAUAUAUAGGAGUCAAUGUGUUAUCAUCAUAAUUAGCUAGUUAAUAUUAAUAAAGGAAGAGAGUAAAGGGGAAGCCAGACAUUGUAAGC